UAUCUGAUAGACAGCCAAACCAAAGCUAAUUAAAGGUUGUACUUUGCACCAAAUCCUCUGCCUCUUCCUCUGCCUCUGCCAUUACUAGAGAUAGAAGCUUAUUUCCUUUUUUUUUUUUCCUUUAUUUAGAAUUUUAAGGCACGUAAUUUUCAGUUUUCCAGAGGGACUGUCUCUCACUCUUACUUUCUCUGAUCAAAAUGAACGGUGGAGAUGCCUACGGUGCUAUGGAGGCGCAGUACAUACGGAGGCAUCACAGCCACGAGACGAGCGAGAAUCAGUGCACUUCAGCACUUGUGAAGCAUAUCAGAGCUCCUGUUCAUCUUGUGUGGUCUUUAGUUAGGCGAUUUGAUCAGCCGCAGAGGUACAAGCCAUUUGUUAGCAGGUGUGUUGUGAAUGGGGACCUCGGUAUCGGAAGCGUUAGAGAAGUUAACGUUAGGUCUGGGCUACCUGCUACAACUAGCACUGAAAGGCUGGAACUUCUUGACGAUGAAGAGCACAUGCUUGGAAUCAAGAUUGUUGGUGGUGAUCACCGGCUAAGGAAUUAUUCUUCAAUCAUGACUGUCCAUCCAGAGAUUAUCGAUGGGAGACCUGGAACACUGGUGAUUGAGUCAUUUGUGGUGGAUGUGCCAGAGGGAAACACGAAAGAUGAGACAUGCUAUUUUGUUGAGGCCUUGAUAAGGUGCAAUCUCAAAUCAUUAGCUGAUGUCUCGGAGAGGAUGGCUGUGCAAGACCGAACUGAACCAAUAAACCGACACUGAUGAAGAAUGAUGUCUAAAGUGGAGUAUAAAUUUAUGUUUCUGGAUUCCAGGUCUUUAGAGAUUGGUAGGAGUUGUCCUACCUUGUUCUCAGAAGUUUUGAACAUAAUGCUGGCUUUCCCUUUCCAUCAUUUGGAGAUCCCUUCAACUUUAUUGCCUGCUUUUUCAAUUUUCUUUUCUAUCUCAAGACGUUACCUUUGCCCUGCCUUUUAGUACCAAAAGUGUAGGUUCUUUUGACAAGUUACCCUCAAUGGAUAAGGAUCAGUUCAAUGUCACUUUUUUGUCUUACUGGGUUUUGUGCAUGGUGGUAUGUUACUGUGGUCGUAUUGCAAGAAAUGGUUAUUGCCUUUGCAAUAGUGGUCUGUAUGUUGUAGUUCCAGCUUCUAGGUACAGGAAGAUUCAGUAGAGAACCUCUUCAAUAGCAGUACAACUUUGUGCUUGUUUUUGUACAUACAGUAGCCUUUUCACUAAAUUAUUGUCUGCCUUUGUUUUCUA